AUGUUUCAAUACAUAAUAGGGCUCGUGGCAUUUCUUGUCGUCUUUUCAAAUCCCAUCGGCGACUUCUUUUAUCCAGACCGUGCCGCUCAGGUCAAGGAGGCCUCACCGCGUCCAAAAUUCAACGAGUCACUGCUAGCUAUUGAUGCGCCGAAUGCAACUGCGCCGGAGUGCGCGCCCGACGGCUAUUUGGCUAGGAUUGUGAGCAGAGAACCUCUGAUUGUGUAUCUGGAAGGGUUUUUGAACCGGGAAGAGAGGGAGCAUCUGCUAGAUAUAAGUGAACCGAUCUUUGUCCCUUCAACCAUUACCAGCGAUGGCGAGGCAACACAUCGCGACGCCUCAGUCCGCGACUCUGACGUCGCUGUCAUCCCAAGAACUGACUCCGUCCGCUGCAUCGAGUCCCGCACCCGUGCUCUUCAAGGCUGGCGCCCGGAGCUCUGGAUUGAGCGUCUGAGGACUCAAAAAUAUGGGCUAGGAGGUCACUAUGACCACCACUUUGACUGGAGUCACAACUCGCGUGGAUGGGGCCGCGUGAGCAGUCUCAUGGCAUGGGUUGGAGACUCCGAAGAUCUCAAAGGCGGCGGCACCCAGUUCCCUCUAGUGAAGAGACCUGUGGAAAAGGAGUGGUGUCGCUUUAUAGAGUGUGGAGAUGGGGGAGAAGACAAGAGUGAAGUAGGGGUCGUGUUUAAAGUCGUGCCGGGCAAUGCAGUGUAUUGGGAGAACUUUGCAGCGGAUGGAAGGGGUUACGAUGAGACGUGGCAUGCUGGACUUCCUGUUGACAAAGGAACCAAAGUUGGGCUGAAUAUCUGGAGCUUCGGGCGCAUUUGA